AUGAACCAGAACGAGCGAGACGAAAUCGUCCGCCUCUUUGAGGCCCAACGCCAGCUCCAACGAGCCGAUGCAGUACCGGAUCGGUUGAAUGAGAUGGGAUUGGAAGAAAAUAUGGAAGAUGGAGAGGAGGAAAAUGGUCGCCACAAUGUCCCAUGGUUGGGCCACAUGGAGGAGGAGAUGGAGGAGGAGGCCUAUGACUCCGGUCGUUCUUCGAUUGAGGAGAUGGAUGACCAUCUCCAGGAAAUUAACAGAAAUGUUGAUUUCGCUCGUCCGGCUCUGAAGCGGCGUCACGAUCCCAAUAGUGACCCGUGCGACGCUCAAUUGAAGAGGAAAAAGACGGAGGAGGAGGAGGAGAUGGACAAGAAUAUCAGAAAAAGUGAUCGCGGGUAG